AUGGUCAUUAUUGUAGAUUCUUCUAUCAGUGUUGGCAAGGCCAACUUUCAAACGGUAACGGCCUUCCUCAAAAGUCUCCUGGGUUAUCUGCCGGUCCAUCCGGACGGAAUCAGGGUCAGUCUCAUCAGGUACGCCUCCAGAGCUGACGUCAUAACUUAUCUUGACGAAGACAUGAAUAAAACAGAGAAGGCUGGAGUUGUCGCAUCUAUGGCCUUCAGAGGUGGGGGCACAAAUACACAUUUAGCACUCAAAAGAGCUCGGACUGCUCUACUGACGCCAGAACGAGGCGAUCGGCCCGACGUUCCAGACCUGGUGAUUCUGACAACCGAUGGAAGCUCAACGAAUAAAAACUGGACCAGUGCUGAAGCAGCAGCUCUGAAGGCAAAUGAGAAUUUGAAAAUAUUUGUGAUAGGAAUUGGAAAUGAAGUCGCAGACACGGAGCUAGUAGCAGUAGCUUCCCGCCCGGAGAUGGUCUACAAGUUAACGGACUUCUCACAACUGACAGAAAUUGUGAAGAAUUUAGCCAGGUUCUCUUGUUCAGAGAUGCUUCUUUCAAGUUAUUCAACUACUGAAAAUGAAAACAAAACCGAAACAACAUUGGAACAAACAACAAAAACACACGACCCUACAUUAUUUAAUCCUAAGACAUUAGAAACUGAAUCUACUUUGGAGCCAAAGAUAACAGAACAGUCCACAUUACUUGAUGCUACGAUAGUAUUUGACACUGAAACUCAGUCGAGUACACACAUCUUUACAAAAGAUACAAGCACUACAAGUCCAAUAGAAGCGCGGACUUCUACCGCACCCACAAGUUUCCACACAACCACAUUUCUGGACUCAGCUGAUGGCGAAGCUCGUGCUUUCGAUGGUCCCCGAGCUGCUCAGCGUAGCACGGCAUACUUUCCCCCACGAACAUCAAUGACUUCUGCUGUUACAACUACUGCCGAAUCUUUCUUGCCUGAUACUAAUUUAACACAAUUUGAUCAUUUUUAUGUAACAAACUUAACCAAACU